AUGGAUAGUUUCAUAGCCGUCGACAAGAGCAAGACCACGAGGUCUGCGAACUAUCGCGGUUCCAACUCGUUUGCGACCUUCCUCAUCAUCGGUCCAACUUGUUUCUUCCUUGGAAUCCUGUUCGCGCAGUUCCCGUACGACUUCCCCCUGCUCUGGACGUCGGACGAUGUGUUGCCGACGUUCCUGGACCAGCUGGAGACGCACCUGAAGUUCAUGUACCAGGCGCCGCCGCUGAUCGCGCGCAUCCUGCACAUCAUGGUCGGCACGGGCUUCCUGGGUCUCUUCCUUAAGCUGUUCCGCCCCUCGGAGGCCAACAUGCUGUUCGACGGCGCCAGCCUGAUUCUGUACGUCAUCGGCGUCGGCAUCUACAUCACCAACAUCAUCAAGGGCCUGCGCACCGUCGACGCCGGUAUCUGGAACGACCCCGAGUUCAAGGGCAGCUCCGUCGACGGACCCUUGACCGGCGAGGUUGUGCUCGGCCGCGAGGACAGCCUCAAGGUCCUCGCCGCCAGCAACACCAUCCUGGCCCUCGUCCUUGUCGGCGUCCUCGUCCUGCAGGCCGGCCAGUGGUAUGCCGAGCGCAAGGACAAGGAGGAGGCCGAGAAGUUCGAGCAGGCCGACAAGGACAAGAAGGCCGCCGCGGCCACCAGCGGCGGUGCUGCGUCCAAGAAGAAGCAGUAG